UCUUGGGGGCUGAAUUCUUAGAUAGAAACGCCUCGUUAGUUAGUUUUUUUUUUCAGGAUCUGAGGGUCUUGACUGACGUUUGUGGCGACCUACACGUCCAGAAUCAGAACCACCACCUCAGAAAACCCAAACGCUUCCCAGCAAAACAGCAGAAAUGAAAAAACCCAUUAAUGACUUCAGCCGCAUCUCGACAGGAGCAGACGGCCCCCCUGCGUUGCCAUGGUAACCUGGAAUAAGGUCUGUUGGGGUGUUUGUGCUCAGUGAUGGAAAAAGCUCAGCUGAUCAGGCGUAUUAUGUCAUUUUAAUUCUUAGAACUAUUACUAAUUUUAUUUUAUUUUUUUAUUAAUAUUGCUGUUGUUAACUUUUAUUAUUUUUUUCAUUAUUAUAAUUAUUAAUUAGUGGUAGAGAUCUAAGGGUGCAGAACUGCCUCCCGUCCGGUUCAUUUAGACCCCUGUGAUGAUUAGCGGCUUUUUUGCACCGCAGCUUCUGAUCUGACCAACGAGAGAGGAGCUUAGAUUUCUGAAGGACGGCAGGAGAGAGAAGAGAGAGAGGGAAAGAGAGGAAGAGAGAGAGAGAGGAGGAGGAGGAGGAGGAGGAGGAGGAGGAGGAUUUGCGGUGUCUGCUGGAGCUGCUGGCUGAGGGGGAGCAGAGCUGCUUGUCGGUAUAAAAAAGAAGAAGAAAAGGGCUGCAGUCCCGUCACGUUCUACAGCCAGAACCAGGAGACCAUGGCCAACAGCACCGGCACCUAAUGCUGCACUGACCACAUGCAGUGAAGAAGGAGUUCUCGAUGCCAUGCACUCCACUGCUUUUGGAGAAAGGAUGCUGUGGCUCACUCUGCUGAGCACUCUUGCACUCGGGUGGACAACUCCAAUCCCUCUGCUGGACGAAUCCGAAGAAAUAGAUGAGCCUUGUUUUGAGCCUUGCUACUGCGAGGUGAAAGAGGGCCUGUUUCAUGUCCACUGCGACAGCAAAGGAUUUACAAAUGUUAGCCAGGUGGCCCAGUCCUGGAUGAGGCCUUUUAAGCUCUACCUGCAGAAAAACUCCUUACGGAAGCUCUAUUUCAACAGCUUCCUGCAUUUAAACAAUGCGAUUGCCAUUAAUCUCGGGAACAACGCUUUGCAGGACAUCCAUGCGGGGGCGUUCAAUGGCUUGAGCUCUAUAAAGAGACUUUAUCUUCAUGAAAACAAGCUGGAGGUGUUUCGUAAUGACACGUUCCUCGGACUGGAGAGUCUGGAAUAUCUCCAAGCCGACUACAAUGUCAUCAAAAGAAUAGACAGUGGAGCUUUCCGGAACUUGCACAAGCUCAGAGUCCUUAUCCUUAAUGACAAUUUGAUACCUGUGCUGCCCACUUUCCUUUUCAGAUCGGUGUCACUGACGCACCUGGACCUGCGAGGAAACCGCUUGAAGACACUGGCCUACAGAGGCACUCUGGAAUACAUUGGACGGAGUCUAAUGGAGAUUCAGCUGGAGGAGAAUCCAUGGAACUGUGUCUGUGACAUCGUCCAGCUGCAGGCUUGGCUGGAGAGGAUACCAUACACCGCUGUGGUUGGAGAGAUCACAUGUGAGUACCCCUUCCACCUACAUGGAAAGGACCUUAGGGAGAUAAAGCGCAGUGAACUCUGCCCUAUGCUAACCGAAGCAGAGGUUGAGGCAAACCUUGGGAUCCCUCACUUACCAUUCUACACAGGCAGGGUCAGGCCAACAAAGCCCUCUUCUAUGGUCUCCCCCAACCAGAACACUGUUUCCUCUGUGGAACAAAGGGAAAGGCCCCCAAAGCCAACAAAAAGACCUAGGCCAUCCAAGACUCCACCUACACCACGCAGUGCGUUUCCCAACCAGCCGCCAGUUGCUGGAUAUCAGACCCGGCCACCCAUACCAAUUAUCUGUCCCAUUGGAUGUACCUGCAAUCUGCACAUUAAUGACCUCGGCUUAACUGUAAACUGCAAAGAAAGCGGAUUUCGAAACAUUUCUGAGUUGAUGCCACGGCCGCUAAACGCUAAGAAGCUUUAUCUGAGUGGGAAUCUGAUCCAGAAAAUACACAAGUCCGAUUUUUGGAAUUUUUCUAGUCUCGAUUUGCUGCACUUGGGAAACAACCAAAUAUUCUAUGUUCAUGAGGGAGCAUUUGCUAACCUACCCAAUUUGAGGAGCCUGUAUUUAAAUGGGAAUAACAUUGAAAGGCUAACUCUGGAUAUGUUCCAUGGGCUUCAGAGUCUGCGAUACUUGUAUUUUGAAUACAAUGAGAUAAGAGAAAUUCAACCAGCUGCUUUCAGCCUAAUGCCUACUCUUCAGCUGGUCUUUCUGAAUAACAACCUGCUGCGUACACUGCCUGUAGGGGCUUUCGCAGGUACUUCACUUGCGCGACUUAAUCUACGCAAUAACUACUUUCAUCACCUGCCGGUGAGUGGUGUUCUGGAGCACCUGCAUGCUGUGGUCCAGAUUGACUUAAACCAGAACCCUUGGGACUGCUCCUGCGAUAUCGUCCCCCUUAAAGAGUGGCUGGACACUCUCAGCUCAGUCGUCAUUGUAGGUGAGGUGGUGUGUAAAACUCCGGAGGCCAUGAAUGGGAAAGAUUUACGCUCCCUGAACGCGGAAGUGAUUUGCCCAGAGUUGCUGCAGCCUUCCUCGUCUCCAGAGGACUGGGCGAAAGGGCUUUCUACCUCCUUCCCAGGGGCUGGGCCUCACCCUCCGAAAGGCACCAUCCCUCUGUCCGUGCUCAUCCUCAGCCUCCUGGUUCUGUUUGUGUCGGCGUUCUUUGCGGCUGCGGCACUGUGUGCCUACGCUCUGAAGAAGCGGGAGAAGCUGCCCUUCAGGAAGCAGGGGGAGGUGGGUCUGGCAGGAAUACAGAUGGAGUGUGGGAUUUUCACUGAACCUCCGCCCGCUCUGCCUGAAACUCCUCCCUCCAACCAUGUGUACGACUGCAUCGCCACACCUUCUUCGCACAUGUGCAGCAACCCCAUUUACAAAAGCGGCAGGCAGGGAGGGGUUGAUCAGAAGCAUCCGCUCACAGAUUCUGGAGAGAGUGGCUCGAAUUACAGAACACUGCUGGAGAAAGAGAAGGAGUGGACCAUGGCCAUCGGCAGUUCGCCCGUCAACACCAUAGUGCCGGUGGGGGCGCCGUGUGCAGACAUCUCCGGAUUGCACGAAAACGGAAUAUUGUGCCCAACGGUCAUUGAUAGUCAAGGGCCCACCCCUAAGGUGGGAUUUGUGGACAGCCUGUUUGGCACACCCCUGUUCAGUGAUGUCCCUGACAGACACGUACACCCUCCCCCGGAGUAUCCCCAUGCAGAACAGGACGCCAGGCAAACGCAAACACUAACAAUCAACACUGGGACAAGGACAGGCUGUCCUAAUCAAGUCCACAGUGAAUACCCUGAGCUAAGGGCUAGACUGAAAACCAAGGUGGAUUACAUUGAUGUGCUGGAGAGGUCAUAUCAGUUCUAAAACAUGACAGACAUGAAAUCUGAAAUAUCUCCACACCUCCCAGAAUAAAUAAAUGGUAAGACUUUCAAGGAACUUGUGCAAUGUAAGAUGUUUGUUUCCCUCGAGUUGCUCUGGAGGAAAUUCUGUUCUCAGAUUUUGUAUUAAGUGCCUUCAGAAGAGCAGCCAGCAAUGUUGUAAAUGAUUAUUUUUGUAUAUUCACAGUUUUAUUUAUCUAAACAACAGGUUUAGAACAGCAGAGAAAAUGUUAUUGUGUGCAGAAAGAAACUAGGGAUGCCUUUGAACGCUGGGGGUUUGGGCUUGGCUUUUCAUUUGUUUGCAUACCAAGGUCUGAUUCCUUUUUUUCCUGAACCCAAAAUCAAUCCUUCAGCAAUAGAGAAACUGCAGUUAUUGUAUAACUGUGAAGUGCUUUGUUGAACCUGUAUUUUCACAAUGAAUAGAUCAUCUUUAUUGGAGCUUAUCGAUCAUUGUUAUGGACCACACUAAAGUCAAAACUUGCAAACCGAGACACCUCGGGAGUUUUCUUUCCCGAAUGAAAUUGCAUCUUUUUACAAUCCAUCUUCAAAGACUAGGAGGGACUUGUGCAUAUAUUUAUUCUUAGAUUUCAGUGUUGCGAUUAUUAUUGUACAUCAUGUUCAAUCAGUGUAUGAUGAUUAUGCCUCUGAUUUAGCCUUCCUGAAAAUACACACCCUGAAUUCAAUAAAGGGAGUUAAAGAAA